GUCACACUCGGCAGCCUCAAGUACUCAGUCAACUCAGUCGUUGCUCGAUAGACUCGUUUCUAUACUCAACGACGGUUCUCCUAGUAUUUUGACUGGCCAUGGCAAGAUAUAUUCGAGGUCUCAUCGCUCCUGGGACACUUCUUUGAUACUGGAUCUUCGCCGCGUGCAACAUGGGCGACUUCUAGCCCACCGCCAGUGACACUGCCAUCUUGCUGGGCGCGACUUUGGAUAGUAUACUACGCCGCUCCCCUCGCUUCUCAAUUUCAGGCAGCCAAAUGCUGCUCAGCCGAAUGCGACAGCCUGACUGAAUGGCUGGCCAUACCGAGGAAUCAAUAGCCCUGUUGAAUGAGGGCGAGAGGGACUCACAGGAGGAGCUGAAGCACGUGCAGCAUCAUCCAACGACUCGACCGAAGCCAACGCUCUCGCAAUGGAUAUCCGCAGCUCUAACUCUCUUCGUCCUUGUUGAUCUCCUCGCCUACCUCUUCGUCUUCCGCUCCGUCGUCAACGACAUCCGAGCAUCAGAGACUGAGCUCGAGUUCCGGGCCCCUACCCACGACCCUAUCGAGAAUGUACCCAGGGUCGCCGCGCUCGUGAAUAGCGAAGAACCGGUGAAGGUGUAUCCGCUAGACGAACAUCGAUGGCUGAGUGCAUACGGGACGGUGACGCCUCUAAACCGACACCUAAGGGUUUCUGCUACGAUGCACACCAUCCUCCAGUUCAGAGUGAUGGACUACGGAAUGGAGCGACCAGUCAGCCUCGACCUCUGCGCUGUGGACGUCUCUCACCAGAUUGACCCCCUCACACUCUCAUGGUCGACUCGCCCUCCGUGUCGAUCCGUCGUUGGGACGCUCCACGGAAGCGGCGGGGAGGAAGUGCGCCUGCCGGAGUUCUCGUGCAAGUGGGGCUCACUGUAUACGUAUGAGGUGUCGUGUGCUGCCAUUCGCCUGCGUGCGAUGAAUGGGACGUGGGGUGUGUUCAUGUAUCAGUUCCAAACUGUCUGAGUGUGUGUUCGUGUAUGUGUACAUCCACAAUAUCUCAUGUUCUUUCACGAA